AUGAGUUCAUUGCUGCUUGCAGCUACUUUACUGGCUGGUGGCUCUAUUGCACAGCAAACUGUUUGGGGACAGUGCGGAGGUAUAGGAUGGAGCGGCCCGACUGAUUGCGCUGCCGGAUCCGCCUGUUCUACUCUCAACCCCUACUACGCUCAAUGCAUUCCUGGAGCCACUACCAUAUCUACCUCAACCAGGCCGACUUCCGUUCCGGCAUCAACGACGAGGGCGAGCUCAACAUCGUCAGCUACUCCGCCAGCUAGUUCUGGCGUCGCCAGAUUCGCAGGAGUUAACAUUGCCGGGUUCGAUUUUGGCUGUGGGACUGAUGGAACUUGCGUCACCUCGAAGGUAUACCCGCCGCUGAAGAACUAUGCUGGCACAAACAACUACCCUGAUGGCGUUGGUCAAAUGCAGCACUUUGUCAACGAUGACAAAUUGACUAUUUUCCGCCUACCUGUCGGGUGGCAGUACCUCGUGAACAAUAACCUGGGCGGAACUCUGGAUUCAAACAACCUCGGUAAAUACGACCAGCUCGUUCAGGCUUGCCUCUCUCUGGGUGUAUACUGCAUUAUCGAUAUACACAACUAUGCACGUUGGAAUGGCGGGAUCAUUGGCCAAGGUGGGCCUACAAAUGAUCAGUUUACCAGUCUUUGGUCACAAUUGGCAAAAAAGUAUGCCUCUCAGUCGAAGGUUUGGUUCGGAAUCAUGAACGAACCACAUGAUGUGAAUAUCAACACUUGGGCCACUACUGUUCAAGCUGUUGUCACUGCUAUCCGAAAUGCUGGCGCUACUUCACAGUUUAUUUCUUUACCAGGAAACGAUUGGCAGUCUGCCGGAGCGUUUAUUUCUGAUGGAAGUGCAGCUGCUUUAUCUCAGGUCAAAAACCCUGAUGGUUCAACAACCAAUCUAAUUUUCGAUCUACACAAGUACCUGGAUUCGGAUAACUCUGGCACUCACGCUGAUUGUGUCACAAACAACGUCAAUGAUGCUUUCUCACCUGUUGCCACUUGGCUCCGCCAAAACAACCGCCAGGCUAUUCUGACUGAAACAGGCGGUGGCAACACCCAAUCAUGCAUUCAAUAUCUUUGCCAACAGUUCCAGUAUAUAAACCAAAACUCUGACGUCUAUCUUGGCUACGUUGGCUGGGGCGCAGGCUCAUUUGAUAGCACUUAUAUCCUCACAGAGACCCCGACAGGUAGUGGAAGCUCUUGGACUGAUACGUCUCUUGUAAGCUCAUGCAUUUCUCGAAAAUAG